AUAUUUGUUGCAAUAUCUAAAUCUACACUUUUGUACCUUCACACGAAACGUUUUGCACUUACUUUGUGAAAACAAAAGUGGUGCGUAACGACCUUGAGAAAAAUUCUUCCAAUGUCUUCGAGUGGCGCAGCGGUCGCUAAUCCAGCCCGACUGGCUCAUGACUGGCUUGCGAUCAUCGUGAAAAACAGCUGUGUAUCGCUCUCCCGCGCUCAAUAUCAGACAUCACAAGUUCUAAAGGUUGAUUGCGUUGCAUAAGGGCAUAAGUCUAGUUCGCCCAACCCAUUGCUUGCCUUGACUGCCCGAGGGGAUUCAGCGCUUCUUGACGCUCUUGGCAGAGCAACGGCAGCACUUCCGUGAGGACAAACCCCAUGGAAGCCAGGAGCUUUGGAAGUGAGCGCGAGUCAGCAUUCCGGCGGUGGUUCCUUCAAUGAUCCAGCUGGCGGCGGCCUCUCACUCACAGUCUAGUCAGGGCUGCAGCGUGCCGCACCCAGCCACCCGGUGUGCCAAGCCCACCUGUGCAGAGCGCCUCACGUGCAAGGGACCCCACCCAAGGCCAGAGCUUGGUCAGCACGCCUAUUGUUCCACACCCUUUCCUCAGAGUGAAGGUGCAUUGUACUUCUGCCUUGACUGUGACACAAACCAAUGUGAGGGCUGUGAGCUAGUGCUCCACCAGGAGUCGCGUUUCCGAGACCAUCGGCCCCGAGUCCCAGUGGUCGAGCCGGACCCUCAGCUGCUGUGCGUGGGCUUCAGUUGCCAGGGCGAAAAUCUUGCCGACAUCCACUGCCACACGUGCCAGCGCAGCCUCUGCUACGCCUGCGACUACCAGAUCCACCUGUUGCGCCGCAAGUUUGCCCACGUCAAGGUUCGCUUCCGCUACUACUUGGAGCGACAAGCAAAGUUGGCGGCAGCCGAGGUGGAGGUCGACGACGAGGAAGAGCAGUACCUGUCAGCCGAGCCUGACUGCAGCUCGUCCUAUGAGGACAGCAGCACCAACAUGAUGGCGCUGCAGUCUCUCAUUGAACCGGACAUUGUCAGCGGUACCUAUAGUGGGUGCAAGGCGCAACCGAUGCCCGCCAGCAUUCUGCUCGUGGAUGACAAGGAGGUGCUGCAGGUGUCAUCAGCGGCAGAUCUUGCUGCCCAGCUGGGCUGCGGCCCUGAGACACUCGUGAAGGUGGUCUCCAUCUUCGGCAACACGGGCGAAGGCAAAUCGCACACCCUGAACCACUCUUUCUACAAUGGGCAGCGGGUGUUUCAAACGUCACCGCAACAGGAGUCGUGCACCAUUGGUGUCUGGGCAGCACACUGUCCAGAGCAUGGCCUUCUUACCAUCGACACUGAGGGGUUGCUGGGGGUGGCUGAGAACCAGAACCAACGCACCAGACUUCUCCUCAAGGUGCUAGCUGUGUCGGACAUAGUGAUCUACCGCACCCGGGCAGAGCGCCUCACCACGGACCUGUUCACUUUUCUUGGGGAUGCUUCUCAAGCCUACGUUGGCCACUUCACGCGCGAGCUCAAGACACUCAAGGAUCGCUGCAACCUCUCUGGACCCAUCUCGGCACUGGGGCCUGCUGUCAUUGUCUUCCACGAGACAAUGCAUACCAGGCCUUUGGUUGGCAGUGAGGAUUCCCACUCUCCUGUUGAGGAACUGAAGAAGCGCUUCGGGCUGAGCAACCAGAGCUUCGAUGCCUUCAGCGACUUGCAGUACGUAGGCAUCCAGACAGUACGGUUGCCAACAUGCUUUGAUGGUUUGAGGGCCGCAGUGAAGAAGGUCAUGGACAACUCCUCAGUGCGCUCUGCAAGACCAGUGGAGGUCAUAUUCCAGGCGCUCAAACUUCUAAACGACAAGUUCAGCGGUGACAUUGAAAAAACUGUUGCAAGCCCAUUUCCUGACCAGUAUUUCACCUGCCCCAUUGUGUGCAUCGCUUGCGCAGCUCGGUGCAACAAGACCAUGAACCACCAAGACACUCACAGUUGCGAUGCCAAUUGCCAGUAUCAAUACCAGCUCGACAACCGGGUCCACCAGUGCAAGGACUGCUAUGAAAAGUCGGGCCGCAAGGUCAUUCUCACUCCUCAGACUGCUGCCAAGAAUGAUUCUGCCGUGGCUGCAUGGGUGAAGUUUGCGUGGUCAGGAUAUGUGCUUGAGUGUCCCAGCUGCGGUGUCAUCUACCAGAGCCGCCAGUACUGGUAUGGCAACAGGAACCCCGACGAGACAGUGACCAGGGUCGAAAUAGUGCACGUCUGGCCUGGUGACAAGUCAACACAGGAGCCCAGCAUCACUGCGCAGAGGGUUCUCGAUGGGCUGCAGACCAUCACGGAGACAGUCGCGACGUACAGUGCACGACCAACACGCACCAUGUCUGACUGGAUAAAUGACCAGAUUGCACCUUCGUACUGGGUCCCCAACUACAAGAUUCAGGCUUGCCACAAGUGCAAAAGCAAAUUUCCUCCUGAAGAGAAGAAACACCACUGUCGUGCCUGUGGUAAUGGCUUCUGUGAAGGCUGCUCGUCCAAGAAGCGACCUGUGCCAGAACGUGGUUGGGGCACAGACCCUGUGAGAGUCUGCGACAGCUGCUUUGAUAAAGAAAGUGACCAAGCAGCCACGGCAUCUCCAGAAGAAGGAAGUGAGUCUGAACUCACAGCCCGUAAAGUGGGGGAGGCAAUUCGUAGCACGCUUGGCGCUGUUGCAUCUGCCAUGGAGUACCCCCUCGGAUCUGUUCUAGGUUUGAUAAAGGACACGGCCCGACCUACCUACUGGGAGCCAGACCAUGAGCUGACCGAGUGCGCCAUCUGCAGUGAAAAAUUUGGUCCACGCAAUACGAUCCAUCAUUGCCGUAGUUGCGGACGGGGCGUCUGCAACGACUGCUCAAUGGCUCGCCGGCCUGUCAUCUCCCGUGGCUGGGAAAGUGCAGUCCGUGUGUGUAAGGAGUGCGAUGAACGACUGGAGCUGUGAUAAGUACCGCACCAGUGUAGUGCACAGGACCAUAAAAAGGUGAUGACACUGUAUUCUAAGGGACACCAUGGUGCUGUGCAAGUGUAGUGCAGUGUAAUGUUUGAGCUUAGUUCUAGUUGUGUCCUGAAGAAGUGACCAUCACAGACUUGUGGGCUUCAGUGGUUUACAUGGUCAUGAAUUGCUCGCAAGGUGUGAUACUGUAUAAAUUUGUUCUCAUGCAGGCUGGUUGCGAUUGUGGAUAGAUGGGUGUUAGCCCCAAACUGGCAUCAUAGCAAAAGCAUAAACUUUGUUCUAGUGUACAGUGGAGAGACUAAGUGAUCAUGGUUAGGCUUGGGUGCAAUAGAAGAAUGCAUUAUAUUCAAGUGAUCUUUGGAUAUUGUACAGAAGUCUUACUCAAAUAUGAGCUUUUAUAAACAUGAUGACAGUGUCCUGCCCUGCGCAUGAAAUGCUGAGUCUUUUGUGCCAUGGUAUGCAACCGUGACAUGGAUAGGCAGAGCUGCAUUCCGAUUUUUAUUUCUAAGCUGCUGCUGUCCAUUUUAUUUCAUUCUGGAGAGUUAUUCGUAUAUGCAUACAGCUAUUGGAAGUUGUCCGAAGUGUGGUCGUGGUGCAUAUUUAGCAGGAUUUUAAUAUAAUGACUCGAUUUGUAGUCGGAAGUGACUGUGAUUAGCAGUGUUCACGAGAAAUGGAGGCACUAUUUUAUGGAGGUGGGUUGAACGACGUUUAUGUCCUGAAUUCAGUUACAGUGUUACUUCUUUUCUUGGUGUGCUCAUAGCAGCAUCUUUUCGUCACAUGAUUUAUUAAGAGAAUAUGAUGCACACACAGAUCUUUUAGAAAUGUAACACUACUGAGAACAUAUUUAGCACAAUGCAGUUUUCUCAUGCAACCAUGAGUUCAGGGACGCUUGCUACUAUAGAUUCAUCUCCAAACGAUGAUCGAUUGUACAUCAGACCCUAUUGAAAAUUUUAGUUAUACACUAGAAGUUGUAAAACGUCAUAUGAAAUUGCUGAAACAAUUUUUCAGAACCAUUUAUUAUUGAAGGAGAUAAGAAAUAAAAUGCCCAGUUACCAUACCACCAGGAGUCAAGCGCGACUGUCAACAGAUACUCUCUCCUUCUGCCUUGAGUAGCGACUGCAAGCAACGUUUCUUCCCCGCCUUCUCUCGUACUAGAGCCAAGGGACCGCAUCAGGUUCACAUGGCAUGUGAACCUGCAGUGAAGCAAAUGAACCCUCCCCCUUUUUUCCCCCUGAACGGUGCAUUUCCGGUGGCGGAGUUGUGCAUUCCGCAUUGGAUGAUUUACCCAAGUGACGUGUCAUAGUGAGUGAUGUUGCUAGGACUGCGAUUUACGUCGCGGCAUUUCUGCGAGUUACCUCGACUCUGGCUGGCUGUGGUACUUCCUUGAGAGGGAGGAUGUACGGUGUAUGGCUUGAAAAUGUCAGCUGUUUCUGUGGGCAUGCAGUACUGUGAAACAUUGCAGAGGUGAUAGUCAGCGGGUGAAGUGUGUGCUGUGCUUGUCUGUAUACGAUGGCCAAACCUGGUCAAGGGCACUUUAAUGUGAGACCAUCAAGUUUGAAAGUUUUUUUCUUCUUGAGUACUUCAUUGUGUAAAUUUCUUGUCACUUUUCAAAAAUUUAUCAGAAAGUAAUCAAACUAAUGAAGAUUACUAAGCUCACAAAUGCUCACUUGAGGUUUCCCUGUAGGCAUAUCAGUAUUGAGAUGCGUCAGGCACACAUCUACUUCACCUCUUCAGUCUUUCUUGAGGAGCCAAAAAUUCGUGCCCAUUGUUUGCUCUUACACAUUUUUCUGCAUUCUUUUGUAGUUUUAGUAGUAGCUUCUUGAAAUCGGAACAGUCGUUAACAAUAUAUUACAGCGCAGGUAUUACAUUUGCUUCUAAAUGCCAUACUGGCUUUCAUUAUAUAUUUGAUACAUGUGUUACUGAAUUUGUUGUGCAUUCCAAUGUUCUUUGCUAUAUGUACCAUGUGUUUUGAUAGUACUUUGUGAUGUUUUGAUAGCACCUGAUGUGAUGUGCAUGUUUUUGCUCAUCUAGUGCAGUCAUGUGUAGCAACAGAAGGCUUUUACACACUUGCGUACCAACCAAAUUGGUUUAUUGUAUGUAUUCACAAGCUUGUGUAUACACAGUAAUUGCUCAUAUACUGAAGAACAAAUUUUCGUGCUUGCUUUCUGAGCUUAAGAUCUGCCAUUGGCAAAUUUGUUUGUGGCUUUUACAUGCAAAAGGAAAUAGCUGUGUAGGGCAGUUUCAUGCACCAACAUGUUUAUGUGGGUUACUGUUUCAGAGAACCUUUUGUAGGUCUUUUCUUCAUACCUGAAAAAGCUUCUGUACCAAAUGUUUGUUAACUUGGCCUAUAACUAAUGCAGAAUCGAGCUUGCCGGCUACACUGUCAAGUGGCAGUCAGUCAUCAUCAUUUACUUAUAUUCACUGGAGCUCAAAUAGCCUAUCAAUCUCUCAAAAUUGGAGGGCGAUUACAUUGUUGCCAGUACUUCCAUAGUUUGACAGCCGGCAUAGGCAUGUCAUUGAGACAGCAUAGGUGUUUAGUAGUGUCUAGGCAGUGCCAACACUGGCAGGAAAUGGGUCUCAAAAUGAAUGCAGUCUGUUCUAAGCAGUAUGCUGCAGACACGUUUGAGGACAGGAAAAGUGCAACAACCUGAAAUCAUUUGAUGAGGGCACAGGAACGCGUGCUGAUGUUCGGAAAUUGCAGACGACCAAAUAUGCUUGGCUUGUCUGCAACUAGACCAACGCAAAUACGCUUCUAUAAGCCCGCUACAGUGGCUUACAGCCUUUUGAUACAUGGCGCAAGUUUGCAGGUUGAUUUCCUUGACACCUCAGCCACAUUUCAAUGGAAACUUGUAGUGAGCAUUGAGUGCAUGUUAAAGAAGCCCAGGUAGUCAAAAUGAAUCCAAAUCUCAUCACCAAAGUACAGGUCCCUCGUGGCCCCUAGUUUGCUUUGAGACUUUAAACCCAGCCAAUCAUAGAUGCAUGUAUGGUCACAUUACAGGAGGAUGAAUUAAUGACAAUAGAAUGUUAUAACAUAGCGUUAUCAUCUUAAUAAUGUUGUCUGCCGCGACUGCAUACAUGUAGGGAGUUUACCAUGGCAGUUGCUGCCGGUUACCAUGACAUGUGUGGCAUCAAUCAGGCUACUUGCUUCAAUCCUAAUUCACCCUCGCUACUUGCUCUUCUUCAUGACAAAAAAAGAAGUAAUUGGUGCAAACAACCCUAGCUUAGUCUCAUCUCGUGCUGUGAUGACAGUGUUAGCAUAGUUUUGUCAUUAUUAAGAUCAGCUGUUUGCUAUGAUGCUAGUAGUCCUAAGAAAAAUGUAAUUGAGCCACGAAAGUGUUCCGAUUUCCGCUAGAUCGCGCCACAGCAUAUCUUGGCUGGAGUUGUGCCAGAUUUUUUCCCUUUUGUUGCUGAGUUACCUACACUCUGUCCUGGUAAGCUUGCUGGAGAGUAGCGACAAAUACAGACGGCUCUGUAACCUCCCUACAUGUGCAGUCAUAGCAAAUGGUAAUGGUAUAACAGCAACACUAGGCUAAAACACCCUCGCUGUCCAACAAACGAAAACUAAUUUCUCAUCGCUGGCCUAUAAAAUAGCAAAUCGUGCUUGUGUAUUUUGGUCGCAAAUUUGUCGUGAACAACGUAAACUUAGGCUUCACAUUUUUUUCUCUGUUCGUGUGUGUCAAUUGGCAGGGCUUCCUGGCACAUGUUUAAGUGUACAAACAUAGUGCCAUGUAUGGUAUGCACUACAGUUUCAUGCUUGGUAAUGGCACAACCCAACCACUUUUUUUUUUUCUCUUUCUCUUUACAGACAUUCUCAAUUACCCAAUCAUCAGGUGGUCAUGCAUUUUCAAUUAUUUUACUUCACUUUGUGCUUAAUGUGCCGUGCUGUGAAAGCAGCACAAGAAUUUCGGUCAUCUAAAUAUAUUAUUCCACGAAUUUCAUGGUCAAGUAGUUUAGAAACCCAACACUGAAUCAAAAGGGCAUGAAGUUUGUCAAUUUAGCUCUUUUAUUGGACAGCAACUUAAAAAUUUCUUCCAAGCGAACUUUCUGCCAUGUCCUUUGAACAUUGUAAUGGAGAUUAGUGAGAUGGCCCAUUGAGAAGCACAGGCAGCUGACAGGCAGUCUGUGAACAGCCUUUCCUGCAUGCCAACAGCAUUGAAUUCUCACUUCCUCGCAGUCGCACGCGCUCCUGGCAUUCCUCGUCACACGAAGUCUGUCAAUGUCAUCUCGUUUCCUGUUGUUAUGUUGGCCAUUGCAACUUUUUGUCUUCUGAUUGCAAUCAACUGUGCUCAUGCUCUUGCCUCAUUUCGAGCUGGCUUUUCUAUGUCAAUUGCAUGUUAAUGUGUACAACACAUCAAGCAGAACUAUUAUUUCUUUUCUAACCUGAUAGCGUAGAUGUCAUCUUCCUCAAGAGCAACAGGAACACCUGUUGAGCCCUCCCUGCUGUGCAGGACAGCAGUUAUGAAAUGCUUCUGUGAAAAGAUCAUGGAAUACAUUUUAACACACUUAGGCUCCAUCUACACAAGAACUCCUUAUCAUAUUCCUAAUCUAAUCUAUGGUAUUAUGUUAAAGGACUAACUGCUCAGAGUAAAUAAUAAUAAAAUACUAAUUUUCUCAGAACAUGUCAUGAGAUCUUGGUGGAAUAAAACGCACUAUUUACAGUAAUUGAACCAAAUGUGUUGGUCAUGACUUAUAGAAAAUAUUACUGUUUAAAAUCGGCACUGAAAGUCGCGAAAAAUGGUAUGUGGCAAUGCUCUACGGUGAAACCGAUACUAGCAUUUGCAGAUCUACCACGUUAUCGCAGACUACUGCGCAUCCUAUGUAAAACUGAUGUGUUGUUUCUGAAAAUAAGGUUUGGCUCAAUAGAACGUGACUUGUGCAUGACUGAAGCAAUUCGACAGGAAACCACAAAACCAUCUGGCUAUUUAUGCAUCAACAUUUAUUUGAUAAGAUUAAUUUCUUUCUGUAGGGCUGCACUUGUCUGCUUCCCACCAAUGCUGGCGUACAAUCGUAAUCACACUCGCCUGUCACCGUUUCCAGCAUUGGACUGCAUAAAGAUGAUCGCAACUACAGAAAAUUCUGAUAAAUGUUCCACUUUGCCCUUGUAGCAUUGGACACUGACUCGCAUGCAUUCCACUGCACUAGAAAAAAAGAGAGAGAGACAGAUAGAAAAUAGGCGCCGUAAAACUUGGUUGUUUAGGUAUUUCUUUAGCAGAUGGCAUAUUAUUAUUAAUGCUUAGCCUUUUUUUUUUCUGUAGCAUCUGACACUGCUUUUUCACAAAUGUGAGCCAUGCACAAGGUUGCUCUAGCUUCCACAGUGUUGCAUAUUAACUGUAAAAUGAAGUAUAGGUAUUACUAGAACAGGCAUUGUCAGAAACUGCAGAACCUCAUUAAUAUGUUUUAUGUCUUCUCAAUUUUGUCGCAGCAGCAGCCUUGUUUGCGUGAAAACAAUGUUCAUAUUACUUUUUCCCUGCUACUAGGUUGUGUUGCUGCUUACUGACAUUCUCCUGUAGUUGCUAGAUUGCCAGCAAGAUUUUAUCUAAGUUGUAAUAUAAUGAGCAUUGGGUGCUUUGAUAAAUGAAGCUAUGCUAUAUUUUUUAAAGACAUUAUGCAGUUAAGUGCUGCCCAAUAUUGGUGUUUUGAUUGUAAGUGGAAAUAGUGUUAUGUUGUAUAUGUGUACAUCAUAUGUUACAAGCAUGUAUGCUUCCCCCCCCUUUUUUUUUUAAAGGCCAUGGGCAUCCUCAUUGAAUAGUAUCAUGCACACAUACUUUUUAGUACACAUUUUUCAUAAAUGUUAUAGUGAUGCCUGCUGCACCUCAUCUAAGGGCUGAGAAGAUUUUAAUUUGUGCUUUAACGUUGUGCUGAUUGUCGACUCUCCAGAAAGAUGAACCACAUCUUAUUGUCAUCCUAUUAAAACGCCAAGGCAGAGUGCCACCACAAAA